UCUUCUUCCUCCGGCUGCUUGUGCUUUUUCUCCAGGAGACUAGCUGCACUACUUCUCCAGAGGAAAUACUGUGUGACCAAAAUGACCCGAAGUGACCGAUGUUAAAGAUUUGUGCACGAGCUCCACGGAGUGCUGUGACAGUCAGGGGUGUUAGCCGCUAAGCUAACUAGCUGCUGUGAACGGAGUGAAAGCAGGUGUUCUUAGUAAAGCGUGUAAAGUAGAGAGGCGCUAGGAGUUAGCAGGAGAGACUGAAUGGAGAGACUCAUGAUGAGAGCUGCAUCACACAGGCUUUGUUAGCUUUGUUUUGCUAACUCGCUACCACCCAGGUGUGGGAUUUAGCUGUUCAGGAAACACUGUCUGGGCUACACUGCUGUGAGCUGCCUGAAGUGGAAGGUCCAUGCUCGUCAAACCUGACUUUUUUCUGUUUUAUUUGGCGUGGAUAACUAUGGCCCAGCUCGUGGCGCAAGAAGAAAAGGACAAUGCUUCACUAAAAGAUUUGUUGUCCAGGAUUGACUUAGACGAGCUGAUGAAGAAAGACGAACCUCCGCUCAUCUUCCCCAAGACUUUGGAAGAGUUUGAAUAUGCUUUUAAUGAGCAUGGCCAGCUACGACACACAAAAACCGGAGAGCCCUUCGUCUUCAACUACAAGGAGGGUAUGCACAGGUGGAACCAGAAACGAUACGAAGCUCUGGGAGAGAUCAUCACGCAGUAUGUUUAUGAGCUCCUGGAGAAGGACUGCAAGCUGAGGAAAGAGAUGCUCCCAGUGGACGCAACAGAAAACGAACCGAAGAGCUUCAUCUACAUGAGCGAGGACGCGCUGACGAACCAGGACAAGCUGCUGGUGUUGAUCCAGGGCAGCGGCGUGGUGCGAGCAGGUCAGUGGGCACGACGCCUCAUCAUCAACCAAGACCUGGACAGCGGCACGCAGAUCCCUUUCAUCAACAAGGCCAUGCAGGAGGGCUACGGCGUGAUCGUGCUGAACCCCAACGAGAACGCUCUGGAGGUGGAGAAGGUCGGGGAUCCGUCUGCUGACGCGUGGGACGAACCGGCAGAGAAACGCGAGCGCAAGGAGGAGUGCGAGGGAAAGCAGAAGAAAGACGGGCACGAGAAGUACCGCAACCCACAGAAGGAGCGCGAGACCAAGCGCAUCCCGAUCCGGGAAAACAGUUCACCCGAGGAGCACACACUCUAUGUGUGGGACCAUUUCAUUUCCAGAUCGCCCGCCAAAAACAUCUUCGUGGUUGCUCACAGCUAUGGAGGGCUGUCUUUUGUGGAGCUGAUGAUCCAAAGAGAAGACGAGGUGAUGUCACAUGUGCAUGCAGUAGCCAUGACGGACUCGGUUCACAACGUGUGGCACCAAGAAGCCAGCAGAUCCACCAGAGAGUGGCUGAAAGAGCGAUGCUGUAACUGGGUGUCGAGUCCUGAGCCGUUGGAUACCCCAGUGGACUCAUUGCUCCCUGAUUGUCGUCGGCGCUCAGCAGGCACUGAGAAGCAUGAGCUGACCUCAUGGAGCAGCUUCAAGUCCAUCUUCCGAUUCUUCAACGAACAUCUUCAGUCACAAAUGGAAGAGGGCAGAGUGGAGGAGCAGAAGGAAGAGCAGAAGGAGGAGCAAAAAGAAGAGCAGCCAGAGGAGGUGAAAGAGGAGCAGAAGGAGGAAGAGGAGGAGGAAGAUGGCUCUACCACAGUGACGACACAAAAACGUGCCAAACAUGAGGAUUUAUAGAAAACUCUGGAAUAGCAUCAGACCUUCUUGGUCAGGUCACUCUCUAUUGAAUAGUUUUGCUUUUAAUGCUUUUAAAGGUUAGUUCUACGGUAGCCAUCUCCUUCUAUGCUGUCUGAUGCCUUAGAAUUCGGGGCCGGUGUGUGUACAUCAGAAUAGAGUUUUGCAUUACACAACUAUCAAAGCAAUAUAUACUGCUUGUGCCUCCCCCUGGGCUACUGUGUGGGUUUGGUGGCCAUAUUAAGGCUGUCAGGUGACACUGCACAGUACCUCUAAGUGCCCUGACAUCACUCUAAACUCACCUAAUAUACACACACACACACACACAGAGAGAGAGAGGUUUAGCCCACAGUUCAUUUAGCCCACUUUAACCCUGAACAGCUAUGUUUUUUUCUAUUCAGUUUUACAUAAGGGUGCUGGCAGACAUAAGAAAUUUUCAUCCUUUCUUUCCAUUCUGCAUCAUGGACAUUAGCACUACUCUAAAGGAAUUUGUGCUGCGUAAAUAAUUGCUUUUAAAAAGAAAGUAUACAUUUAGACACAGUGGGUUUCCUCACCACCCGCCAGUUCACGUAUUCCUUACAUUCAUACCCACAUAAUUGAGAUGAAACAUAUAGAAGGAGUUCCAUCUAAACAUAACGUUAAACCACAUAUCAAGGAUGAUUUUUAGCCAUAUAUUAUUUUAAUGCUGUUGUUUUUUUGUUUUGACAAGACAUUUUGGAAUAUCUGACCUUAAAAUGAGGGUUAAUUAUUUAUAAAUCAUAAAAUUAGUUUGCCUUUUAAAAUGUGACGUGCCGUUUUUCAUGCACGCCUGGUAAGUCUCACAAUUUAACAUCACACUGACAUCCGCUGCUUUUGCUAAAGCACAUAAUGUCACUUUCUUAGCAUAAACAAAAGACAAACAGAACAAUGUGGUAUUAGUCAAGGCUUAAGCUGUCGCUCACACAUGACAGCACAUCACCCUGCUUUAACUGAAACUUUUUAUCUUUGUAGAUGGACUGUUUGAAUAUUUGUAAGCACAAUUAACAUAUUUUAACAAAUUUGACCAAAUUAUCAAGUUUUAGUCAAAAUCAGUGAGUGAUGUGGGGACACACUGAGAAAAAUGCACUAAAUCUAUCGACGUUUAAAAAUCUGAACUGUUUUUAGGGUUUUGUCUACAGCAUUAUCAGUUUUAGAAUUAAAUUGCAAGUGGUUGUGUAUUGCAGCAAGACUGGAAAAUAAAAGCUUUGGAAUAUGAAUAUUGCUGCCUUGAAAUAAACAAGACACUUUACUCUUUUCUUUUUUUUUCUUUUCUUAAUACAUUCAUCUAAGCUAAUAUUUGAUUAUAGGCAAGACAUGCACCCUUAAACCAAAAUCAGAAUCUAUAUUUCGUGUGUAAGUCAUAAAUCAUCUUUUAAAUCUAUUGAUUUUUUAUCUUUUAUGAAAUCCUCUUUGCUUUCAAUGGAUUUUGGAUUUUAUUGCAAAAAUAGACUUUGACUUUAUAUUCAUCUUGUAAAUGUUUUUUUUCCCCUGCGUUUGUCUUGUCUUUUUUUUUAUCACAAAAAAUAAAUGGAAGUAGUUUUCAAAUCAUUGUCCAACUUUAACCCAGGUGUAAUUUAUGACCAUAAUUUUAGCCUUUUUUUCGUUUGUCUAUCAUAGAGACUUGCUCACUUUGUAAACUUAUUUUCUCUUCAUUUUCAUCUACAUGCAACAAAUUAUUUUGCCGAUUUUGCAAAAUAAAUGCUUUUUAACAAUA